UAGACUUUCCAUCAAGUGCGCCUGGCGGGAAUCUGACGUAUAUUAAAUUGGAUGUAAAUAUUACCUUCUGUCUGGGUUUGAAGUAUCUUUAGUGUCUUCUCUACAAAAACGUUGAAUCGUAAGGAAAUUGGAGUAAGUGAAUCAUGCAGGCGUUUUUGAAGGGGGCAUCCAUUCAGAGCACUAAACCCCAGAAAGACAAAGCUGCCGGGCCAAGUGGUGAAAAGAAACACAAGCCGGUGCCUUGGGUAGAGAAAUACCGACCAAAAUGUGUGGAUGAAGUAGCUUUCCAAGAAGAGGUGGUUGCAGUUCUAAAGAAGUCUUUAGAGGGCGCUGAUCUGCCCAACCUGCUGUUCUAUGGGCCGCCUGGGACAGGGAAAACCUCCACCAUCCUGGCAGCGGCGAGGGAGCUAUAUGGACCGGAGCUGUACAGACAGAGAGUGUUGGAGCUGAAUGCCUCAGAUGAACGCGGGAUCCAGGUGAUCAGGGAAAAAGUGAAGACUUUUGCCCAGCUGACCGUGGCUGGAACGCGCACAGAUGGGAAGCCUUGUCCCCCUUUUAAGAUUAUUAUCCUGGACGAAGCGGACUCCAUGACAAAUGCAGCGCAGGCUGCCCUCAGACGCACCAUGGAGAAGGAGUCCAGGACCACACGUUUCUGCCUCAUCUGUAACUACGUCAGCCGGAUAAUCGAGCCCCUGACGUCUCGAUGCUCCAAGUUCCGCUUCAAGCCUCUCGAUGACCAGAUACAAGAAGAGCGGCUUGUGGAGAUCUGCGAGAAGGAGAAUCUCAAGUACACCAAAGAGGCAAUCGCAGCUUUGGUGAAGGUGUCAGAGGGGGACCUGCGGAAAGCUAUCACCUUUUUACAAAGUGCAGCUCGACUCAACAGCGAGAAGGAAAUAACAGAGAGCAUUGUCAUCGAGAUUGCUGGGGUCGUUCCCACAAAGAUGCUCAACAGUCUGCUACAGAUUUGUUACAGCAGCACCUUUGAUAAACUUGAAAUUGCUGUUAAGAACAUGAUAGACGAGGGCUACGCCGCCACGCAAAUCAUCAGCCAGCUGCACGACAUGAUCAUAGAGGAGAGCCUGAGUGACCGGCAGAAGUCAGCCAUCACAGAAAAAAUGGCGGAGGUGGACAAGUGUUUGGCCGACGGUGCAGAUGAGUAUUUGCAGAUGAUGAGUCUGUGCUCUGUGAUCAUGCAGCAGGCAUCCCAAAGCAACUGAACCAGAGCUCCAGUUCUUCCUACAUCUUACCUGAACACCAGAGCUCCUCACAUCCUUGUAUAUUUGCUGUUUGUACCUUUUUGUGUUAUUAAAAAAUUGCUUGUCAAAUUAGCACUCCUUUUAAUGUCCAAGUAUUUGCAAAACCACUUAACAGCACAUUAAUCCACAAUGACUAUACUCAAUUAGUUAUGUGUUAAGUACAUCAACUGAGGGCAAGUAGCAGGGAUCAGUAUUGCUCAGCAAGCUGAAGAAAUUCACAUGCUUGGUUAAUUAAGCCAUCACUGCAAACAGCACAAAUGGGAUUCAUGGUCAAACGUUGGGCAAAAUUAGUUUUGGCAUGUGGGUUACAUCAUUUCUUGAUUAAACCAUCUAUCAAGGCAAAUAAAUCCAUAGCUACCAGACCAACUCAUGCUCCUGUGGCCUAAAUGUAUACCACUCCCAUUAAGGCUUACACAGAUGAGGCAAUUAUCAAUGACCAGAUAUACUGAAGUGCAUGGUGGUAGAAUCAACACAACUAAGACUAAUAAAUUCAGAUACCAAAAGGAAUUGUUUGGAAAGUCAAAGACUCAACAUUAAAUAAUUAGCCACAAUGAUUUAUUUUAUCCUGAAUUAUGACAUUGAAUGAUGGCUAUACCAUAGUAAUGCUGGUAACUUAAUGGAAGUGGCAAUGACUUCAAGAUACAAGUACUGUGACAGUUCACCUAGUCAUUUCACUAAAUAGGCAUUUCAGUGGGUUUCUGAGUCAGUGAAAAAAACACAAGUAACCAUAAAUUCCUCUUUAUUUUGAAACAAGGGUCAAAUACAAUUCAUAAUUUAAGGUCAGUUAAUUAAAAUCAUUGCCCAC